CACGUGUUCGUGAGGAAGAAUGGCUGAUAUAACCACUAAACAGACAGGCUUCAGAGUUCUGCUUCAGCGCAUUCUGACGUUUUUCGGUGUCCACAGUCUUUAUAGCGGUGUGUUGGGGAUCGUGGAUUCAACACUGAGGUCGCUGUGGAUUCCCAACUGGCUGCCGGCAUGGUGCCCCACCUCCGAGAGCCAGCUGAGGGCUGCCGAGGACCGGAUGCUGCGCUGUAUAGAAGGCCGGCUGUCCAAACAGUUUGUCGACGUCGGCAACGGCAACCAGUUGUGGACGCUAGCCGUGGACGGUAGCGUCGCCGCAGACGCCCCCGCCGCCUGCCAUCACAAGACCCCCGUGGUGCUUCUCCACGGCUUUGGCGGCGGCGUGGGGCUCUGGGCCCUCAACCUGGACGCCCUGUCCCGGGGGGGGCGGAGCGUCUACGCCCUGGACCUGCUGGGCUUCGGCCAGAGCAGCCGGCCCUGCUUCCCCGCGGACGCAGAGGCAGCGGAGGCCCUGUUUGUGGACGCCAUAGAGCGCUGGAGGGCCCAGCUGGGCCUGGAGGCCAUGAUCCUGCUGGGGCACAACCUUGGGGGAUACCUGGCCGCGUCCUACGCCCUCAGACACCCCAGAAGGGUGAAGCACAUAGUGCUGGUGGAGCCCUGGGGUUUCCCAGAGCGCCCGGCCACGUCUGACCAGGACCGGCCCGUCCCGGUGUGGAUCAAGGCUCUGGGGGCCAUGCUCAGCCCCUUGAACCCUCUGGCGGGGCUGCGGAUGGUGGGACCCCUAGGUCUCACUCUAGUCCAGACCCUGCGGCCAGACUUCAAGAAGAAGUUUGCGUCCAUGUUUGUUGACAACACAGUCUCGGAGUACAUCUAUCACCUCAACGUCCAGGCACCAAGCGGGGAGACGGCCUUCAAGAACAUGACGCUGCCGUACGGCUGGGCCAAGAGGCCCCUGCUGCGGCGGCUGGGCUCCCUGCCGCCCGACGCCCCCAUCACGCUGGUGUACGGCUCGCGCUCCAGCAUCGACGGCCACUCGGGCUGCGGCGUGCAGGAGAUGAGGCGCGGCUCGCACGUGGAAAUCAUAACGAUACGUGGGGCGGGCCACUAUGUGUACGCAGACCAGCCAGACGACUUCAACCAGAGAGUUCUGGAGGUGUGCCAUCAGGUGGACUGAAAUGCAAACACACACGCACAUGCACAGACUAAAAAUCAUAUACACACACACCAACACAGAGACUAAAACACACACACGCAGAGACUACAACACACACACACACACACACACACACACACACACACACACACACACACACACACACACACACACACACACACACACACACACACACACACACACACACACACACACACACACACACACACACAAGCACAGACUCAAACACACACAGAGACUACAACACACACACACACACACAAUAACGGUUGCAGUGUGCAUCAGCGUUGGUUUUUCACCAUCUGCCGCCUUCAAGAGGAGACGUAGACGAGAAGGAGCUAUCUGUCCGCGUCGGGACGCCCUUUCUUCCUACAGGGAUCGCUGGGUUGGCCUUUGGACUAAUUCAUCACAUGGUACAUAUACUGUAUAUCAGGUUUUUUGGGGAUAUGGCUCCCAAAGUUUGGACGCUGACAGGGUUAAUGGUCUGGAUCUGAGACCAUUGAGGAGGUGAAACGGAAUACCAAAUACCGUGGUGAUGAUGAUGAUGAUGAUGAUGAUGAUGAUGAUGAUGAUGAUGAUGAUGAUGAUGAUGAUGAUGAUGAUGAUGAUGACGAGUCACGGAGAUGCUAAGCACCAGAACCCCACACGGGAUAAAAAUAGGGAUCUUAAAAUGGGACAUGCAUACAAGAUAGUGAAGUUCAAUUUGGCAUCAUGUGACAUAAACAUGUAUAUGUACAUCAAGCACAUCCUAUGAUGAAGACAGCAACGAGGGCAAAAAUAUAAUAAUAUAUUUAUUAUAAUAGUUGCAGCAUUAGAAAUUCAAUUGGUAAUAUAUAGACAUAUAUUUCUCAUUUAUAGACAUAUAAAUGAGACAUAUAUUUCUAAUUUAUGUAUAGACAUAUAUUUCUCAUUUAUACAAACACUGCAAUCUCUGUAAUAUUGUUAGGCCAGUUAUAAUUUCAGCAUGUUCUAGGCAUUUCUUAUAAUUGUAUUCCCAGUGCAAUUCUGUACAGCAUCAUUAUAAUAUUAUGUUACACUAUUGCUUUAACGGCAGCCACAUCCGUGUUAAUGCAUAAUAUUACUUAGUACAUUAAGCACAGUGUGCAUUAAGUAAGCCAAUGUGCUUGUGUAAUGCACAUUAAGCAUUUCCUACGCAGUUGUGUGUGGUUUGUGCAAUGGUUUUAUAAUGCUGACCUUUUCAAUUUUGCUAGUGCCCAAAGUGUUUUUUUUUGGUUUGUUUUUUAAUUUCUUAAGAGAGAGAGAGGUUUGCAGUCUCUAAUUGAGUUUAGUUUAGCGAUGUAUUUAUUGGGAGAUUAUAUGACAUAGUGGGGUCCGUCGAAGGGUGUCAUGCAAAGACCUGUCUGAUGAUGAUUGCAAGUUAUUCACUCGGAUGGGCUGAAUGGGCUAUAUCUGGAGAGAUGACUUGCAAUGGAUUGAGAACACAAAAACACAAAAUGAGCAAUCCACCAAAUGGACCUUCUGUACGGACGCCAGGGACGGAGAUCAUCGCGGGCCAAACAGUUCAGACUCUGUGGUGGUGGUAUCCUCAGAAGCAUGAUGGGCUGAUUUUUUUUAUACAUCAGAUAUACACUCUCGACUAAUCAAGCGAUCAGUCAGACCUUGCAAAAGUCAUCCCUAAGUGCCUUUUGUAAAGACGAGCUAGGUUGGCAUUCAAACAGCACUUAUCAGCAUCUGGCUUCCUAGCGAGGAAUACCAGUGGCUGGAGCUCUGACAGGAGCCUCGGUAAAGGGAGCGGCAGGAGGGUUCUGCUGUCGCACUACUGCGCUACUGGCAACGGACGGAUGCUGAUGGGGAUUAUUUAGGUUGCCCGGCCACCGGUCUGCUAUUCUCUGACAAUCUAUCGCCGAUGGUUGGAUUGAUGCGUCAUUAAAUCUCACAGAGAUAAUAUAGCUGGAGCUCUUUGCUUCCGAUCCAAUAACUGACUGUAAAGAAACCGACGCAGAGUGCGGCUAAUUGUGCUUUAUUAGAGUUUAAUUGAGCAACGUGUUUCCGUGAAUGUCUAUAAAUGUUUUGUGCUCUGAUAUAAAUCGAAUCAAAAAGCAAGUGUUCUAGGGGGGGGGGGAGGGGGGCUAGUGGCCUACUCUCACACGCUAAUUAGGAAAUGUGUUAUAAUUUUCAGUUGGUGACCUUGUUAAACGCUACGUGUAGCGUUUAACUCUCUCUCUGUAAAUAAAAUGUUAUAUUCGUUUUUUUGGUUGAACCUUAUCCCUCUGAUGAAUAAAGUACCUCCUAAAUUUGUUUGCACUCUCACUUUUCACAUUUAUGGAGCCAAAUUGACGGAUAAGUCAAUAUUUUCCUUCCA